UGCAGCAGCAGCAGGCAGAGGGAGACGGUGGAAGGUAAAGCAGGGAGGCAGCAUCAUGGCGGACAGAGACAGUGGUAGUGACCACGGAGGGCCCACCGCGGGCCCCGGCGGCUCGCUGCCUCCGGGUCCGAUGGGCGCAAUGUCCCGGCUGCAGCACGACACCGAGGAGCUCGCCUCCAAGCGCGUCGACAUCCAGAACAAGCGCUUCUACCUGGACGUGAAGCAGAACGUGAAAGGCCGCUUCCUAAAGAUAGCCGAGGUCGGGGCUGGGGGGAACAAGAGCCGCCUCACGCUCUCCAUGUCGGUGGCCGUGGAGUUCCGCGAUUACCUCGGCGACUUUAUCGAACAUUACGCGCAGCUGGGCCCGACCAACCCGGACAUAGUGCAGGAUGAACCCCGGCGGGCCCUCAAGAGCGAAUUCCUGGUGCGGGAGAAUCGGAAAUAUUACAUGGAUCUGAAGGAGAACCAGAGGGGGCGGUUCCUAAGGAUCCGACAGACCGUUAAUCGGGGGCCCGGAUUGGGAAGCGCGCAAGGCCAGACCAUCGCUCUGCCGGCGCAGGGACUCAUCGAGUUCCGCGACGCACUGGCCAAGCUCAUCGACGACUACGGCGUGGACGAGGAGCCGGCGGAGCUCCCGGAGGGCACCUCGCUCACGGUCGACAACAAGCGCUUCUUCUUCGACGUGGGCUCCAACAAGUACGGGGUGUUCAUGCGGGUCAGCGAGGUGAAGCCCACGUACCGCAACUCCAUCACGGUGCCGUGCAAAGUGUGGUCCAAAUUCGGCAACACCUUCUGUAAAUACGCGGAGGAGAUGAGGAAGAUCCAGGAGAGGAGUAGAGAGAAACGGGCCUCCGAACUGCUACCUGAGGGCCCGCACGGCGGAGACGACGGCGACGACGACUGACGCGGCGGUGGUGGUCGGGAGAGCAGACACGAAACACAACAACAACAACAACAACAACCGAGACUUUAACUGAACUCCGAGAGGGGGAAAAACCAGACUUUUAACUGUAUAAUAGAAAGAGAAUCUCCAAGGGAAUCACCCCACACACACAACCUCCACAGACAAGGCAGCACAUCUGCUGUCUCCUCCGCUCAUUUUACUGGAUGUCACCCCCCCCACUUACCACCCAUGUAACAGUAAGCCGCUGCUAUCAAGGAUCGAACUAAUAUUUCUUACUGAAAUAUGGCCUUUCCUGACUACAUGACGAUGGUGCUUACUUUGGCUUUGACAUCAAGCUCAUCCUAUACAUCUCAACAUCAUCAUAACUCGCGUCCUUACACUUCAUUACUUUCUGUUAUGUACUCUCACUACCUUAUUAAAUUUCCGUUGAUGGCAAAAAAAAGGUGUGCUGUUUUGUACAUUGCUGUUUGUUUUAAUGUUGGGGAGCCUUGUUGUCUGAAAAAUGACUAAUAGCGCAAUAAAAAGUCA